GUCGGCGCCCCUUCCGGCGCGGAGGGCAUCAACGUCGGGGCCGCUCGGCCGCAGGCCGCCUGCCGCGCUGGGGGAUGUAGCGCUGGGUCCGCGGCCCCCAGCUGAGCCUGUCGCCCGACGGGUCGUCCGUCGCAGGGAGCGCCCCGUCCCCUGGGGUCGAGGCGCCCAGCCUUUCCCAAGCCGGAGCUGCAGGCCUUGAGGGGCCGGCCGGAUGUCGUCUCACAAGGGACCCGCGGGGGCCCAGGGCAGCGGGGCCCCCGCCAGCGCCCGGGAGACGGACACGGUGGAGCUGGCGGAGCUGGGGCCCCUGCUGGAGGCGAAGGGCCGGCGGGGCGUCGCCAGCCCCGGCAAGGCGGAGGAGGAGCAGGCGGGCCCGGGGCCCCAGGAGGAGGAGGAGGAGGUGCGGGUCCUGACGCUCCCGCUGCAGGCCCACCACGCCAUGGAGAAGAUGGAGGAGUUCGUGUACAAGGUCUGGGAGGGACGCUGGAGGGUCAUCCCCUACGACGUGCUCCCCGACUGGCUGAAGGACAACGACUACCUGCUGCACGGCCACCGGCCGCCCAUGCCCUCCUUCCGGGCCUGCUUCCGCAGCAUCUUCCGCAUCCACACGGAGACCGGCAACAUCUGGACCCACCUGCUCGGUUUUGUGCUGUUUCUCUUUCUGGGGAUCCUGACCAUGCUCAGGCCAAACAUGUACUUCAUGGCCCCCCUGCAGGAGAAGGUGGUUUUCGGGAUGUUCUUCUUGGGCGCAGUGCUCUGCCUCAGCUUCUCCUGGCUCUUUCACACCGUCUACUGUCACUCAGAGAAAGUCUCCCGGACUUUUUCCAAACUGGACUAUUCAGGGAUCGCCCUCCUGAUCAUGGGGAGCUUCGUCCCGUGGCUCUACUACUCCUUCUACUGCUCCCCACAGCCCCGGCUCAUCUACCUCUCCAUCGUCUGCGUCCUGGGCAUCUCUGCCAUCAUCGUGGCGCAGUGGGACCGGUUCGCCACCCCUAAACACCGGCAGACGCGCGCAGGGGUGUUCCUGGGCCUGGGCUUGAGUGGCGUCGUGCCCACCAUGCACUUCACGAUCGCCGAGGGCUUCGUCAAGGCCACCACCGUGGGCCAGAUGGGCUGGUUCUUCCUCAUGGCCGUGAUGUACAUCACCGGGGCCGGCCUCUACGCCGCACGCAUUCCGGAGCGCUUCUUCCCGGGGAAGUUCGACAUCUGGUUCCAGUCGCACCAGAUUUUCCACGUCCUGGUGGUGGCGGCGGCCUUCAUCCACUUCUACGGGGUCUCCAACCUCCAGGAGUUCCGCUACGGCCUGGAAGGCGGCUGCACCGACGACUCCCUCCUCUGAGCCUCCCGGCUGAGGCCAGGAGAGGGCCUUCCCAAGUGCUUUUAAAAAUAACUUCUUUGCUGAAGUGAGAGGAGGCGUCUGAGUUGUCUGUUUCUAGAAGAAACCUCUUAGCAAAUUCAGUGCCAGCCGGGCUUCAGCCCACCUCCCCCCAACCCCGGGCCGGGGGCAGCCGCUCGAGGGGCGAGGGGUCCCUCGCUGAGGCGGGGGCCGUCGGCCUGGCCAUGCCCCUGAGCAGCCCCACUCAGCGAGGCGACGCGGCCCCUCGCGCAGAGCACUCGGCGUUCCCGUUGGGAGGCGGCCCCCCCUCCAGCCACUCUGGGGGAAAACGAUGGACUGGGACUCUUCAGAAAUUCUGUUUCUAGGAGAAAGUGUCCCCUCCCUUAGCCCAUCCUCACUUUGUAACCUGGCUUAGCACAGGCCACCCGUUUUGUAGCACACUUUUCAGAAACGUUUGUGCCCCGGUCCCAUCUUCUGGGGCCUGAACCUGCGGGCAGCAGGCGGGACAGUCACCACCUGGGAUGCGGCCUGGCCAACCAUGGGAGUGUGUCUAGGCUACAGGUGUGUGUUAAUUUUUUUCUUGGCAGAGUAAUGUAAAAUUAAAAUGGGGAAAGAUAUUUAAUAUUUAAUACUAAGCUUUAAAAAGAAAUCUGCUAUCAUUGCUAUGUAUCUUGAUGCAAAGACUAUGAUGAUAAUAAAAGGAAGUGUAGAAGACG